AUGCAAAACAACGGUAAUAAUAACACCAACUCCGCAAGAGUACGCAACUCAUCGAGUCCCGGUGGCUCUGGGCGUACAAGUCCCGGUGGUCACCGGCGCACUUCAACCGGCCGUCGCUCACCCAAUUCUUAUUAUGAACGCACCACUACCGUCCGUUUUGUACAUGCCUCAACUGGCCACAUGGUGUGCACUAAGUUGAACCGUGUGCAACACACAAAGUGCAAGAUUGAGGAUGCUGUUUGCCUAUGCGAAAACUUCCUUAAAGGGCACUGCGAAAGUGGUAGCAGUUGCUUAUUAGCACAUGUUCCCAACCACUACCUCUGGUAUUUCCUGACACCACGUGUGAACCCUAAUACCUUUGUCUACCAACAGGGCUUUAAUAUCCGCUGUUACACUCCCAACAUGGAUGCUUACUAUGACAUCCCCAGCAAUUUCAUCUACCAGACGCAUGGCAGCGAGCGCUACAUAGUGCAGUUCAACGAUAACGGGGAUAACUUUCGCGAGAAGUACCGCCUCUGCAGCACGCUGCUACGAACAGGGUAUUGCGAAAAUGGGUACAAUUGCGAAGAUGUGCACUGCUGCGUUUCUGAUAUGUCCGCGUUCCCCUGUAUUCACACCCACAUCGCUGAUAGUGAGGCGGUCAAAAAUUAUGAGCGACUACCGGCUAACAUUAGAGUGCGCGUGUUUCAGCCAAACAGCGGAGAUGAGGGGCAGGACUUCCCUGGCAAUGAUGUCCUCCGUACUGCUGGUGCCACACAGUACGAGGAGGCCUAUAACAGAGAGGGUAAUGUACCAACAGUUAAAAUGCAGCACUGUGCUCACUUCCAAAAUAAGAAACUCUGCCGUCUUGGCGAUGGCUGCCGAUUUUUACACGUCGUAUCCAUGGCCCUAUCGGUUCCCAUGGAGGAGGAGACGGUGGAUACCUCGCCAUAUCAGACUCCAGUCGAUAAGGAGGCUUUAGAAAAGCAGUUUGCUGUCCAAACUAACAAGAACAACGCGGCUUACCUAGCUGCAACUGUCAUGAUCGAUGAUAUGGUGGAUAACUCGGCAAAGAACUCCCUCACACCAUAUUACGCGGCGGCCAAUCCCAUUGGCUACGACAACGCUGGUAGCAAAAUCAGCCCCGCGAUGGUUUCGCCGAAUAUCCUUCCGAGCACCCCUGCGAACACGGCAAUGUUGACGAGUGGAAUCCUGAACAGUGCCACUGCGGCGGCUCCGCAAAAAGAUGCGCAACCUCGAGAUCGCCGCUCACCGGUGCGGCGCCACAACCCCUACCUGAGUUCUUCCAUCGAGAUGGACAACGGAGUGGAUUAA